GCCAUGAUGUGCAAAGUGUUCCCAGCGACACUGAAGUCAAUAGCCAAAACAUGGUAUCACAAACUCCCCAGACAUUCUAUAGACUCAUAUUCCCAGCUCGCCAAGCUGUUCUCCAGCAAAUUUGCAAGCCAGAGGGAGAUCAAACGCACAGCGACCGAGCUGAUGCAAAUACCAUCUGCUUGUCUGCCUUGCUGCAUGGUUUGAAGCGUGGUUGGUUCCUAGACGACUUGCUAGAAAACCCACCAAAGACGUGGAACGAAGAACAACCAUCGAGGAGAGAAGAAAAUAAAAAGCAGAAAGUCAACGAGCAGUGGGGGAAGCCCGCUGACUUCCCAAAGUACGCCAACUACAUUCCUUUGAUCUUGCCAAGGUCUCAAAUCCUGGCACAAAUCCAACACUGGGUUAGAAGACCCCCACCCCCACUGCAUGAUUCCCCGAUGGCAGAUAAGAGCAAGCAUUACGACUACCACCGUGCUUAUGGUCACAAUACAGAAGACUGCCAACACUUGAAGGACGAGCUGGAGUUCUUAGCUUGCAAUGGGAAAUUAGAAGGAUAUGUGCAGAGGUAUCAGCUCGGCAGCACACAAGAUGUGUAUCAGGAUAGCCAGUAUCUUUCUGAGCAGGGUAGAGCAUGUGGUAUUCACUCUGGAGGCCAAAGUGCUCGAGGUCGCAAAGCGUAUGCACGCCAGGUGAUGACUAUUAAUAAAAACAAGCCUUUGAAACGCCCGUUUGAAGAAGCACAAUGGGAAAGUGCACUCAUCACAUUCAGCCUGACAGACUAUAAGCGAGCAGACGGAGAGCCCGACGUUAUGAUGCCACAUGCAGGCCCUUUCGUGGCAACGGUUCAUAUAGGCAAUCAUAACGUCAACAAGGGGGUAGGAGUGCUUAAAGGGAAUCAGAAGAUGGCCAGAGCUUGCUACCAAGAUACUUUCAAAAAGGUUGAGCUCGCUGCUGCCCCUGCAGGUUCUGAAAAUCACAGGCCAACCCAACUCGGUCAGCAGACAAUGAGCAUAUCAGAUAUCAAACAUCGACCUGAAGGUGUCGAGCAGAAGGCUGAGCCAGUAGAACCGGUGGAAACGGUUCCCUCAAACCCUGAUGUGCUAGAAAGGACGGUUAAGAUCGGCACCAAGCUCAUAGAAGAAGAACGAGCAGAGCUUCUGGAGUUCUUGAGGGUUAAUCAAGAUGUGUUUGCGUGGACUACGAAUGAAAUGCCUGGCAUCCCAGCAGAGUUGACAGUCCACAAACUCAGCACGGACCCCACCAAAAGGUCGGUGGUGCAGAAACAUCGCCUUUUUGGCCCUGAGAAAGAAGGUUCUGGCCGUUCAGCAGAUAGAGCCUCCCAAGACUGUAAAGGAUGUGUAGCGUUUGACAGGUCGUGUAGCCGCAUUGCACAGAAACCGGAACUCUCUGGUCAGCUUAUCGGGUGGAGUGUCGAGCUAAGUGAGUACGACCUCAAAUUUCAGCCGCGCACAACCAUUAAAGGUCAGGCCGUUGUAGACUUCCUGGUGGAGUGCAUCUCGGCGACUGUGGAAGAAAAGGCAUUCGAGCACCCAGUAUGGGUUUUGUAUGUUGAUGGAGCUACUAAUAUUGAAGGAUCGGGUGCUAGGGCUGUGUUAGUGGGCCCAGACGGCUUUAAAUCCGAGCAUGCACUGAGGUUUAAGUUUCAGACAACUAACAAUGCUGUAGAAUAUGAAGCCCUCAUUUAUGGAUUGAAGCUAGCGUCCGAGCUAAAGGUACAGAGCAUUCAGGUUUUUAGUGACUCUCAGCUUGUUGUAGGCCGGGUGAAUGGCAGCUGUGAAAUUAGGGAUCCACAGCUUGGUCGUUAUGCUUCGGUGGUCAACCGAUUGAAGUCAGGAUUUAUCUAUUUCCAAAUCGACAAAAUACCAAGAGCAGAUAACCACCGAGCGGACGAGCUGUCAAAGUUGGCCUCCUCGCAGCACCUUAACCCCCAUAGGUCAACAAUUGUGGAGCUAUUUGACGCCCCGAGCUACACCGAUGUCACAGUCGAGUGUCAGCUGCUCAGCACAGAUCCCUCUUCACCAAGUUGGACUACCCCGCUCAUAAAUUAUCUGCAAAGUAGCGAGCUACCUGAAGAUCCGUCCGCUGCAAAGUUGAUUAAACGCAGGGCAGCACAUUUCACUUUAUUAGAUAAUCAGUUAUACAAACGAGCAGUCUCAAUGCCUCUAUUACAUUGCCUUACCCCUUAUGAAGCUGAAUACGUUGUGAGAGAAAUUCAUGAAGGAGUAUGUGGCACGCACAUCGAUGGCAAGACUUUAGCUCAGAAACUCCUGAGGCAUGAUUAUUACUGGCCUAUUAUGGUUGAGGAUGCACAGAAAUAUGUCAAAAACCUAAGUAUCUUUGUUGAAGCAGGAGAAAUGUUCUCAUCACUUCCAUCUCCUUGGCCUUUCGCUCAAUGGGGGGUCGACCUGCUCGGCCCUUUUGUCAAAGGUAAAGGAGGUUACACUUAUCUCGUUGUCACGGUCGAUUACUUCACCAAAUGGAUAGAAGCUAAACCAUUGUCCAUGACAACAGAAAAGAAAAUAGAAGAAUUCUUGUUCAAUUCAAUGUUGUGUAAGUUUGGUAUACUUAAACGGAUCAUCGCUAACAAUGGUCCCCAGUUCCGAGCCGCCGCAUUGAGGUCAUUCUGUAAUGACUAUGGCAUUGAGCUCUCCUUGACAUCUGUGUAUACUCCACAGUCCAAUGGACAAGCCGAGUCCGCCAAUAAAAUCGUCCUGCGAGGCCUCAAGACACGUGUUUUGGCUGCACAUUCUAAUUGGGUUGACGAGCUCAGUAAACUGCUUUGGUCAUGUCGCACUACACCCAGCUUGGCCACAGGCGAAACCCCAUUCAGCCUUGCUUAUGGAGCUGAGGCCGUCAUCCCAGUAGAGGUCGGAUUGCCAUAUGAAAGAGCAG